AUGUCACUAUACUCUGUGCAGACAUGUGUAUGUUAUAUACAGGUGUCAGUUUUAUUAGGUUAUUCAGAUAUAUUGGGUACUGGAUCGGAUUAUCUAGUGAUUGAAAACAGAAUUGACAAUGAUAAAUCGAUAAUUACAUCCGAUUUAUUUCAAGCAUUAAAACAGUUAAAAUCAUGCACAUUAUUAUUUGAUUCAUUUUCGUUUAAAAAUAUAUCAUCAACAAUAUCAACAACAAUCGACUAUUUACAUUUGAAUAAAAUUGAUUCACUUGAUUUAAUAAUUAUUUUUCAACAGAUAUCAAAUUUGAAAUCAUUAACAAUUGAGCAGUUAUUUGAGACAGCUGUUUCAUUAUCAGCUGCAGUUGCCAUCAAUAUGAAACAACUAAAAAUUAAAACAACAACAACUCGGUUUAAUGGUACGCAUGACUUACUAAAAUCAAUCCCAAAUAUUCAAUAUUUAUCUAUAAGAUUAUCAUCAAUCGAUCUAAAUCAAAUUGAUGGCAAUUAUUGGUCAACAAUAUUAUCAACAUUAACAAAUUUAAAACACUUUGAAUUUCACAUUACCGCUUCUGAUUGUCCAAAUAACCUUCAAGAAUUAAAAUCAUUUUAUGAAACAAUGUUCUGCUUAAGGGAACCCCCCUUCAAAAAUCGAUCUCAGUCCAGGCAAGUUCAAAUGGGCUGA